AUGACUUCCCAAAGCCAUCGCCACAUCUCCGGCUCCCAAAUUCGAAGCUGCUCCAGAAUCUCCGUAAUUGCCGCGAACACAAGCCGCGGAGGCCAUUCAGUUCCUUCAUCAAAAGGGCGUCUAUUCAAGUCUCUGGAUAGGAUAAAGAAGUACAACGAACUGAUUGAUGAUCUGCUUGCACUCAAAAAGUAUCCGGUUGUUGACGGAAUAGCAGCUAGAUCGGUCAUCCAAUGGUGCUGGACGGGAGGAUACUCUGAUCUGGGGGCGCUUAUCGAAGACCAGAGCUCGCAAUUUGAGGUUGUGGUGCAGGAAAGCAAAUAA